AUGAUGAAAAAUCUUUACUACUAUUCUCUUACUUUGGCAUUAUUAACAAUAAUAAAUGGAAGAUCAUUGCAAGAGAAUAACAAUAAUAAUUAUAUACGAUCAAUUUCCCGUGGCAGUAAUGCAUUGCUUUGUUAUGGCUAUUGUCUUUAUUCAAUGAAUAUUACAUCUAGUCCACCACAAAUAAUUGUUUCUAAGAAAUCAUUUACAAACGUAAUGAAAAAUCUACCUUUUAUGGAUGGUUAUCCACCAUUAGAGAAGAUUUAUCCAUUUUCUUCAAAUGAAUGGAAUGAACUUGUUUCUUUAUUUGAUUCAGAUAAAUUUAAAUCUUUGGAUGAUCAUGUAACCGAUUCUUAUGGAGGUGUAACAGAUUGGUCAGAAUGGAUUCAAAUCGAUUGGACAAAUACAAGUAAAAAGAUUACUUUCAAUAUACUAACAAUUCCAGGUUUUGAAUCAUUUAUUAACAAAUUGAAUGAAAUUAGUAACCAACACCAAUUAAUUACUUCAACAGAAGUUACUCCUUCUGAUGAAUAA